AUGACUCGUACAGGUGAAAAUGGAAAGGAUCGUCGUCGAUCGCGUAGUAAUUCAGCGUCGCCCGACCGUAAGAAGAAACGUUCCCGGAGUCGUGACCGGAGCAAAACCAGUUCGUCCCGUUCUGCGGCUAACAAUGGUGGCGCCAAUUCAGCCGGAUUGGCAAUAUCAUCUGGUAGCAGCGUCAGUACCGGUGGAUCGAGUCGUCGGGAACGCCAGCGCGAGGAGCAUCGGGAUCGUGAGCGGGAACUUUGGGAACGGGAAAAGGAACGGGACCGGGAACUGGAAAAAGAACGCGAAAAAGAGGCAGCCCGAAAACGGGAACGGGAGAAGGAGCGGGAAAAACUCCGUGAACAAGCUACCAAGUAUGCCCAAAGCGUCAGCAGCAGCGGAAAACAGUCCAAAUUCGAUCAAAUGCCACCCGGCAUGAUGGCUCCUCCGCCCCUUCUCCCACCAACCGUAGUGGUGGUGGAAAAACUGGCCGAGGAGAAAAAGCCUUUGUUGAAGGAAAAGCCAAAGGAAGAGGUGUACGAGGUACCGGUAGCCCCGAUCGAUAAGGAAGAAGAACAACGACGCUUGGAGCAGGAGAUGACGAAGCGACGUGAACGCAUUGAAAGGUGGCGAGCCGAGCGAAAUAAGAAGGAGCAGGAAAUUAAAAAACCACUCCCAACCGUUGUCCCGAUGUCCUCGUCAGCGGCGAAGAAGUGGAGCCUUGAGGAUGAUGAGGAAGACGACGAAACGGAAGACGCAAAGGAUAAAGCAGAAGAGGCCGUCGAAGAGGAGGAAGAAAUCGAUCCCCUGGACGCCUUCAUGAAAGAGGUGAACGAGGAAGUGCGGAAGGUAAAUAAACUCUCAAACCCGUUGCCAAAAACAGACGGUAAAGCGACCAACAGUGGCGUCACGAUCAUAACCGGAGUGGCGAAGUUAAAAUCGGAAACAAAAAAAGGAGAACUCAUUGAACAGAAUCAGGAUGGGUUGGAAUAUUCUUCGGAGGAAGAGCAGGAAGACAUCAAGGACACGGCGGCUAACUUGGCUAACAAGCAGAAGAAAGAGCUUGCAAAAAUCGACCAUUCCGGCAUCAAUUAUAUGCCCUUCCGUAAGUCAUUUUACGUGGAGGUACCGGAGAUUGCUCGAAUGACCCAGACGGAAAUCGACGCGUACAAAAAGGAACUUGAGGGAAUAGCGGUUAAGGGCAAGGGAUGCCCGAAACCGAUCAAAACCUGGGCUCACUGCGGUGUGUCAAAGAAGGAAUUUGAGGCGCUGCGCAAAUUGGGUUUUGAGAAACCGACACCGAUCCAAUGCCAGGCUAUACCGGCUAUCAUGUCUGGACGGGAUCUGAUAGGCAUUGCAAAAACUGGCAGCGGCAAAACGUUAGCGUUUAUUCUGCCCAUGUUCCGGCACAUCCUCGACCAGCCGCCACUGGAAGAUGGGGACGGUCCGAUUUCGAUUAUAAUGACACCUACCCGCGAGCUUUGUAUGCAGAUAGGAAAGGAUAUUAAGAAAUUCUCCAAAUCGUUGAACCUCCGCACGGCCUGCGUGUACGGUGGGACGGGUAUAUCGGAGCAGAUAGCAGAAUUGAAGCGUGGGGCCGAAAUUAUCGUUUGUACGCCCGGUCGCAUGAUCGAUAUGCUGGCGGCAAAUUCGGGACGCGUGACAAAUCUCCGACGGGUCACGUACGUAGUGUUGGAUGAGGCUGACCGUAUGUUCGACAUGGGGUUCGAACCGCAAGUAAUGCGCAUCAUCGAUAACGUGCGCCCCGAUCGCCAGACGGUCAUGUUCAGUGCAACAUUCCCGCGCCAGAUGGAAGCGCUAGCGAGGAGGAUCCUGAAGAAACCGAUCGAGGUGCAAGUAGGAGGUCGAUCAGUCGUGUGCAAGGACGUCGAGCAGCACGUGGUCGUGCUGGAUGAUGAGGCGAAAUUCUUCAAGCUGCUCGAACUACUUGGCUUGUACCAGGAGCAGGGCAGCAUUAUUGUGUUCGUCGAUAAGCAGGAAAACGCCGACAGUUUGCUGAAAGAUCUAAUGAAAGCAUCCUAUCCGUGUAUGAGCUUGCACGGUGGUAUUGAUCAGUUCGAUCGUGAUUCCACCAUGGUGGACUUUAAGCAGGGACGAGUGAAACUGUUGAUCGCUACCUCGGUUGCAGCUCGUGGAUUGGAUGUGAAACAGUUGAUACUGGUCGUGAACUACGAUUGCCCCAACCACUAUGAAGACUACGUGCACCGGUGCGGACGUACGGGUCGCGCAGGGGCGAAGGGAUUCGCGUGGACAUUCCUCACUCCGGAACAAGGGCGAUACGCGGGCGACAUCAUCCGGGCGCUCGAUCUCUCCGGAGGCACCGUUCCCGAUGAUUUGCGCAACCUCUGGGACACAUACAAGGCGGCGCAAGAGGCUGAAGGAAAGAAGGUACACACUGGAGGAGGAUUCAGUGGCAAAGGCUUCAAGUUCGAUGCCCAGGAAGCGGCCGCCGUCAAUGAACGAAAGAAAAUGCAGAAAGCCGCCCUGGGUCUGCAAGACUCUGACGAUGAAGAAGAUCUCGAGCAGGAUAUAGAUCAGCAGAUCGAAAGCAUGUUUGCCACGAAGCGCAUCGUGAAGGAAGUAGAAGCACCGGCUUCAAAUAAUCGGGAGCAGCAGAAUAAUCCUCCGCCGGCACCUGCCCCUCCCGUGCCUACGGUUACGCACUCGGACAAACUCGAACUCGCUAAGCGGCUGGCGUCCAAGAUCAACCUGCAGAAGACGCUGGGUGCAGACACGAAGGGUGCGACGCAACAGGCUGCCGAAGCAAUACUGAAAGGCGCCAACACCCAGCAGCUUAUUGCUGCCAAAACGGUGGCGGAGCAGCUGGCGGCUAAGUUGAACAACAAGCUGAACUAUCAGCCGAAGGACGAGGAAGAACCUGUGGUGGAAACCAACGAACAGGUGUUCCGUAAAUACGAGGAAGAACUGGAGAUUAAUGACUUCCCGCAGCAGGCACGUUGGAAGGUUACCUCGAAGGAAGCUUUGGCGCAAAUAUCUGAAUACUCUGAGGCGGGACUUACCGUACGGGGUACGUACGUGCCACAAGGAAAGAAUCCGCCAGACGGUGAGCGUAAGCUGUACCUGGCUAUCGAAAGUUGUAAUGAACUUGCGGUGACAAAGGCUAAGCGUGAAAUCACUCGCCUCAUCAAGGAAGAGCUAUUGAAGUUGCAAGCUUCGUCUCAUCACGUGAUCAAUAAGGCUCGAUAUAAGGUGGUGUAAGCUAA